AUGGAGUGCUAUUCCGUCGACUGCAAUUCAGUUGUAGAUUUGGAAAAUAGCCAAAUCGUCACGCUUUCUAACGACAAGAUUAGAGUGACCAUUGCAGAGUACGGUCUCUACAUCCUCAGUCUCGAAACUCCUGAUCGUGAUGGGAAAUUCUCUCCGGUCAACCUCAACUACGACCAUGAUUGGACGAAGUACCUUCACGACACUCUCUACCUGUGCUGUGGGGUAGGAAGGUAUGCUAAUAGGAUUCUGAAUGGCCGUAUGACAGUUGAUGGUAAGGAGUAUCAGUUGACCGUCAAUGACGGGGACCAUUGUCUCCAUGGUGGUAUCGAUGGUUUCAACAAGAAGGUUUGGAAGCACACGGAUUCUUACCGUGAUGGUGAGUUCGAUUUUACUCGUCUUAAAUCCCCAA